UUGGUUGCCUUGGUGGUGUAUUUUCCCACAACGGUAUUUAGUGCCAAAACAUCCCGAAACAAUUCAAUUUUCGUUCGGGAAAUAUUUCACUCUUCUCAUUCGGGUGAUUAUGUGAUGGUGAUGUGUCUGUGCUGACUAUUGGAAUUUUAUUAUCACUGUGUACAUGUUGCCGGAAAGCACUUUUCCCGUCACAGGGGGCAUUAUGCAGACUGAGGAAGUCGUGCCUCGUGCACAGUCAACAGGCAUAGACGGCUCCCUGACGGACACAUCGAAUUACCCAAGCCCCCUGCAUCUAUCCCAGCACUUGGCCUGUCCAUUACCACCACUCGUCCACAUGGCGGUAAAACAAGAGCCCCAGGACGACGAGGAACGGGCGAGAGAGGCUAAUAGUCUCAGAUCCAGUUCUAACGAGGCACUUAACAGUCAACAAACGGAGACAAGUGCAGCAUCUACACCGCCCGAAGUUGCCCAUCACGUACACCAUAAUCACGACACCGCCACGGUACAGCAAUCACUCCAGUCAACGGAAAGUGUCACGGAAAACAAUCAUGACACCACCAGCAGAUCUAGACUAAGUCGCGGAAGAAGGAAGUCCCGGUGGAAGUUGAAGUUUCACCACCAGGCGCUGCCACCGGAGUAUUUGGACCACUACGAGGCAGCCUUGGCGCAAGAAGCCUUGAACACAUCACCUCCCCACGCUCACGAACCCUCGGUCUUGAGCCCAGCACCGACAACAUCGACUUCAACAUCCACUCCCACUCCAGUGGCAGAUGUCCAAGGCUGGCUCCAGCGAAUUGCCGCAAUGCAGCAGGAGCUCUGUCCCCGCGUGACACCACCAGCGCAACACCCAGAAUCACCACUAGCCACAAAUUACCGGAGAUCCGUCAUAACCUCGGCAUCAAACACCCACUCCCAUCAUCAGCAGUCUCAGCCAACACCGAGACCACCCAUGAAGUACUCAGACCUGCCUUACAUGGGUGAGAUAACCCUGGACAAUAGUAAGCCAAGGAGAGGCAGAAAGCCGAAGAAGGCGGACAUUUGCCACCUCAUCUACAAGAACUACGGGACUAUCCUGCCGGGUACGCCGGGUCACGACGACCGAAAGCCCCCGAAGGAAAAGCCAGAGAGCCACCGCGAGCCGGCGCCACCGGUCACUUUCCAACGGACGGACAUCCAGAAUCGGAUAAGUAGCCUCCUGGAGAAGAGACUGACCCAAGAGUCCCGAAGGAACUUCCUGGACGACCACCGGGAGCAAGAUGAGCCUCUGAACCUUUGUAUCAAAGAUCUAAACCAACUGAAAAUCCGUCUCCUCCGAAAGCACGGAAAUAUCUACGAAUCAGGCGCUGUGAAAAGUGAGACCUCUAGCGAUGGUGAGGACAUAGAGUGCCUCGGAUCCCCCUUUCCCAGUGCUGUGGACCCCACCCGCCCCGAUCCCCUGAACAACAACAAUCACAGUGUAGUUAACAAUAACACUAAAAACCUCAACAACAACGACCCGGUAAACCCGGGCUUCGUGUACUGGCCGAAUGCAGGAGUGUUCAUCCACCCGAUGACGCUUCAAUCGCAGUUCCUAUACUACCAGAAGAUGGCGCAGGGUGAUAAGACCCCGGUCAAGCCGGAGGUAUCCCCGAAGGAGCAGAAAAUCGUCCCCAAGUCGAUUUACGCAAUGUUGGAUAAUAAAAGUCCAACGCCUGCCCAAAAUCCGCCGCCAGCCCCCGUCUCCCAGCCUCCGGUGUCCCCGAGGCCGAAGAGAAUAGCUCCCCUCGGUCAACCACCGGCGCAACCUACAAAACGUAAGCGCUCUGCCAUUUUUAUUCCUCCGAUGCCGACGGAAAACAAUAAUAACCCGGCGACUGAAGUCAGCAUUUGUAAAUUCAAGUUCACGGGGGGUGCGAAGCCAAGUCUUCAGGAGAAGAAGAGUCUCUCCGUUGACUCUGGCGGUAACUUCCGGUACUACAGUGGCACUGGAGACAAGAGCAUGAGGGGAUAUGAAUUCUUCCCAAGAGAAGCUCUUCAGCAGCCACCAGGACAGCCUGGCUCAUCGGCUGGAGCGUUUCUUAGCGCCACUGGAGAGCGAAUUCCACCGCCCCCUUGUCCGAGAACUGUGACACCGGAUGAUGGCAGGCGAAAACGGAAGACCAGGAAGUCUCUUCAGAGAGAGAAACUGGAGCAGACGUUCAAGGAGAAGGGCUUCCUCAUACAGACGCAACAGCUGGAGUCCGCCGAGGGCGCAACUUAUUGCAAAUUUCGGCAGUUGAGAAAAUUCACUAGGUAUUUGUUCAGAAGUUGGAAGGAUUACUUGCCUGGAAACGUGGGGGAUAUGUCCCAGAAUCCCGAAGCGGAGGGGAUUGACGGGGAAUGUGAUGAGCACUCGACCUCACCCAUUUCCAAUAUUGAGGGUAAUUUGAUCGAUGAACAUCGACCGUUACCGCUCACGUGAAGACUCACCAAUUUGGAGAAAUGUCAUGAGAACAUAAAAAAAAAGUAAUGAUUCAAGUAGUUAGAGACUUGAUUUUAGUUGGUUUUAUUUUUUAAUAGAUUUCAAAUAGUGUAACUGUGACUCCAUCAAGUCGAGUUUUAGCCUUUUUGCAAGGAGAAAAGUGGAUUAUUUGAAUAAGAAAGGUCUCAGUUCGUUACCUACUUGAUUCAAGUCGAACCGUCGGCGUGAUUUACGCCGACAAAUUUAUCUGUUGCAGGAAAUACAUAGCGAUUUGAUCCAAGUCGAAUUGAAUCAAGUCACAGUAUCAAUUCAGACCCGAUCUGAAUUAAGUCGCUGUGCUGCUUUGUACAUUUUUUAAGACGACUUGAUCGAAGUCGAAUUAAGUCAAGCGGCAGAAUUUAUUAGAAUUAAGUUCAACUCAACCUGAAUUACCCGCAGAAUCUACUUGAAUGAAGUCGUACCUAAUUUGAAUUAAAUCGUAGAAUCUACUUGAGUUAAGGAAAACCCGACUUAAAUCAGAUCGCAGAAUCUACUUGAAUCAAGUCUAACCCGACAUGAAUCAAGUUAUCGAAUUUAUUUGAAACAAGUCACACGCAACAUCAAUCAAAUCACAGAGUCUAUGAAUUCUAUGAAUCAAAUCGUAGAAUCUACUUGAAGUCAGACUAAACCUGAAUGAAAUCGUAGAAUCUACUUGAAUCGAGUUGCAACCGACCUAAAUCUAACGGCAGAAUCUACUUGAAUCAAGUCGGACCCGACCUGAAUCAACUUACAGAAUCUAUUUGAAUUAAGUCAGAUGCAACCUGAAUCAAAUUACAGAGUCUACUUGAAUCAAGUCAAACCUAACCUGUAUCAACUCGUAAAAUCUGUUUGAGUUAAGGAAAUCCCGACCUAAAUCAGAUCGCAGAAUCUACUUGAAUCAAGUCGGGCCCAACCUGAAUUAAGUUACAGAAUCUACUUGAAUCAACCCGAACCUAAUCUGAAUCAAAUCGUAGAAUCUACUUCAGUUAAGUAAGACACAACAUAAAUUAGAUCAUUGAAUCUACUUAAAACAAAGUCGGAUGCAACCGAAAUGAAGUUACAGAAUUCAUUUCAAUCAAGUUGCAUCGGACCUGAAGCAAGUCGUCGAAUCUACCAGAAUUACGUCCCACGUGAUAACGGCAAGAAAUAAGUCGAUUCUCGACAUGAUUCAGUUCUUCUCACAUCAAGUUAGAUCCCUUGACUUCAUUCUGAAAAUAUUUUUUUGGGUAGCGAAGAGAAAUCAAUGUUUCGGAAUGAAAACUCAUCACCUAAAUGAAAAUUUUCCCACAUGGAAGCUCGAAAAAUGCAUUUAACUUGCCAGAUAGAUCAUAGAAAAAGUACAAGAGCAAACUACGGUUCGUUCACUGAUCUCUGUGUCACGUUUGUAAUGUUUCUAUUGAACAUUCAACUCUGGAGCUGUUUCUCCGAUAUUCUAGUGUCCGUUGGUUAUUGCGUAAAUUAUUUAAUCGUCUCAGUCUCUCAUUCAGCUUGGAGUUAUGUGAAAGGCGCCGGCUUUGAGUGUAAAUAAGCUGUUUUACGCCGGAAUGAAAAUAACUUUAUAUUCUAUUGUACAUGGCAUUGAAAGAUUAAGCAUUUUGAUUGAGUCACUUGUAAAUCACUUCAUACGAGUCACUCUGCGGUUAAACUGAGUGCACACUGGCAAUACCAAUAAGCCAGUCGGUGAGUUCAAUCAGUGGAUAAUGUGCAGAAGAAAAAACAGAUGGAGAGAGAGAGAAGGAUGAAACGAAUGGGUGAAUACUCUUGUGCAUUCGUUGAAUUGCUAACUGCUGACAUAUUCUGAUGUUGUAAAUUUCGAAAUUUUUUGGGGGAUCGGGGGCAAACGCCAAAGAUGGAGAGACUGUACAUAAUUUUUUUUUUAACCAAAGACCGAUUGUGUGCCUUAAAAUAAUCGAAAUCUGAGAUUACGGAAAAAUGUAAAUCGAAAGGAUCCGUUUGCUUUUUGUAAUUGCAGUGCAUUUGUUAUGAUGACUUCGACGAGUGAGACUUAAAAUGUUAUUACGAAGAUAAUUGUAAUAUUUUUCUAAGUUAUUUUAGACAUUAUUUAAUGCCUAACUGGAUCUAGUCUUAUUUAUAAAAAUAAUGGUGAAUAUGUUGCGGAUAUUUUUUAAUCAAGUUGAAAAUUAUUUAAUUGAAAUCGCGAAUUGACUCGCAUCAGUCAUCACGUUUGUAUAUAGUCGAAAUGAGUCUGGAAGUGUCUGGAUCUCAUUAAAAAUGUGAUCGAAGCACCGUGGAAAGUCAAUUUGUUAAUUGAAAUAUUUGUAUCAUAAAUCAACGAAAGCAUCUGCGCACCGUCCUCUACUCAUACUUUAUUGUGUCUUUUUUUUUCAACUAUUAAAAUUACAAAGCAGUAUAAAAGUUCAUUUCAUACGCUCAGUGUAAAGAGAUUAUUGUUUAUAGCUCGUAAUAAAGAAAAAAUUGUUAAUUAAAAAU